AGCCAUUAAGAAAGGAAACUACGGAACUGGGACGCUCUCUCUCUCUCGCAUCCAUUUCUACUCUCAGAUUUCUCACGAAUUCGAGCGUGCCGUGAUUGUUGCCCUUAGAGGGAAGCGGAAAUGGGGUUGGCCUUUUCGAAGCUCUUUGGUAGGCUUUUUUCCAAGAAAGAGAUGCGCAUUUUGAUGGUUGGUCUUGAUGCUGCUGGUAAGACCACGAUCUUGUACAAGCUGAAGCUAGGAGAAAUUGUGACCACCAUUCCCACCAUCGGAUUUAAUGUGGAGACUGUAGAAUACAAGAACAUCAGCUUUACAGUUUGGGAUGUUGGUGGUCAGGACAAGAUCCGUCCACUUUGGAGGCAUUACUUCCAGAAUACACAGGGCCUUAUUUUUGUUGUGGAUAGCAAUGAUAGGGACCGUGCUGUAGAGGCAAGAGAUGAGUUGCACAGAAUGUUGAAUGAGGAUGAGCUUAGAAAUGCUGUGUUGCUUGUAUUUGCUAACAAGCAAGAUCUUCCUAAUGCCAUGAAUGCUGCAGAAAUAACUGACAAACUCGGUCUUCACUCCCUUCGCCAGCGCCACUGGUACAUCCAGAGCACCUGCGCGACAUCUGGAGAGGGCCUGUACGAAGGUUUGGACUGGCUUUCCAACAACAUCGUCAGCAAGGCUUGAGAAGCGGUUAAUGAUUUGGUUGCUCAGGACUAUGUUCAGAGUCCAUUCUGGAAAGGAUAGUUUUGUUUCUCUGUUUUCAGUGGUUAUUGUUAUAAAUAGGGAAGGAAGGUUCCGCCAUACACAUGCUUACUCGGUAUACUUUGGGCCACACUCUUGGCUUUUAAAGCUUCAUUCUUUUAUUACUUUUCAUUUAAUUCCAAUUUCAAUAUUUUUGUCUGAUCAA